CCUCUGUAGUGGCAACACCGCCCCAAGUCGCCGUUGCCGUGGCGACAGCGUCGGGCACAGAGAGACGCCGUUGCUUUGGCGACAGCGUCUCGCAGAGAGACGCCGUUGCCGUGGCGACAGGGUCGCGCGCGCACACAGAGAGAGAGAGACGCUCUGCUGUGGUGCCGCAUGGCGGAGCUGGGAUUCUCCUCGGUCGACAUCGCGGCUCUCGCCGGCCUCCUGGCUGCUGGGCCCGGCUCCCGGCAGGACGACGACGACGACGAAGGAGAAGAGCGUGUGUCAUCACUCAAUCGUCUGGGUCCAGGGGACAUUGGACCAGCAAAGAAGGAGCCCAAAACCAGUGCCACUGUUAAGCCAAACAGCUCAAAGGACAUCUGGGAUGAGGACGAGGUUCCAAUUGGGCCUCAGUACGAUGACACUCCUGACCACCGGCUACAGCCCGAAUAUGAAGUGCUGUUCAAGCAGAAGGUUGGGACAGAGGACAUUUUCCUGGGGAUGGGAAGAAAGGACUCCUCCUCAGCCUGCUGUGAAGACAUGCUGAUCAAGGUGAAGCUUCCAGGCUCAAGAUCAGCUGACAUUACGGUGGACGUUCAUGAUACGUUCCUGGAUGUGAGGACAGAUACAUACAAACUGGGGCUGCACCUUCCGCACGCGGUGCACAGCAAGGAGGGCCACGCGCGCUUCGUGAGCGACACGCAGACCCUGGAGCUCACCCUGCCCAUGCGCCGCGAGUUUGAUUUCAUCAACUUCUCAUGAGAACCCAGUGUUCACAUGCGGGGCAGGGAAGGAGUGGGUAAAGGACCCUCAUUCCAUUAUGCCGAGCGUCACCUAUGCCCAAGUUUUGUUGAUUUUGUAAUUUUUUUCCAAGACAACUUGUUGUUUGUCUGUGCAUCUGUUUAGACAAAAACGAGAACUUGUAAACCGAUUGCUACAAAGUCAAUGCUGUACACGUCUAGCCCUUUGUUUUCAAUCGACAGCUGGAUGAAGGCCUCCCCACGUGGUGCAGGUCGUGGGGGUUACUUGACCGCGAUUCGCCAUGCUGGUCAGUGCCCGUUGGUGAAUGCGAGGGGCAUUUUUGCUGCACUGCCCUAUGGUGACAGUGCAAUCUCAGAGCAGCCUAUGACACCGGUGUCAUGCUCGGUGGUCGCCCAUCCAAGCAUUAUCCAGGCUCAACCCUGCUUAGCUUUCGGCUCUUGAUGAGAUCGGGUGCAUUCCGCGUGAUUUGGUGAUUUAAAAAAAAGACACGAUAUCUUUUGCAAAAGAUUUGCAAUGAAAUGCUCUCAAACGAUCUUUUUCUCAAAGUUAACGUUACGUUGCGUAACACUGCAGUCGGUGCGUUGCGUAUUAGGGCGCAUGCCCCCUGGUUGUUAUUGUGCAUACCCAACGUGUUCAUCCAUUUGUCGGAAUAUUUGCAUAUUUGCAUGUGCACAUUUUGUGAGGCUUGCCAUCCUGUUUUAUAUUGAGCCGCCGGCUCUUUGCUUCGUCACGUGGAAGCCGAUUUCAGUUCAUGGUAUAGCUUUUGUCAAGGCCUCUGACAUAAUCUCACUGUGGAAAACACCACCAAUUGAGCUGUUGGUUUGCUUAUGCGUGUGCACAUAAAAGCAAUUGUGUGUUAUGUUAAAACCCGCAUUGGCUCAUGUUGUAAUAAGUAAAACGUGUUUUUAUUUCACUGUUGGCAUUGUACAUCAUUUUACAUCCAAGUUGUCAAAAAGCGUAUGAAAAUAUGGUUAACGCUCGAUUAUCUGUGGGUGCGAAUUGUCGAUGCUUUCGGAAAAUAAAAUAUCUUGACUGAGAUGCUGGUUUUACUUAUUAGGGGCUCCUCCACACUCGUAGAUGGUCUGUGCAAGCAAGCCGAUUCAUAAGCAGUGGCAACUGAUCGCAUUUUACACAUCUUGACUCUCAUUCCACACAAGUAAACCAUACAUAUGUUGUACCCCCUA